UUGGGUGCAGAGAACUGUUUAUCCGGUCUGUUUCCUUCAGGUUCAGGCGGUGUCUCAGGCAGGGGUCCUGCCGCUCCUGGGCCCUCCCCCACGGGAGCCCAGAGGCCUUAUACAGUUUCCUCUUGGGCCAGGGAUGUGGGCAGGGGUGAGCAGUGUUGGUGGUCUCUUCCGCUCUGCAGCCUCAGGAGUGCCCACCUGACCAGGCGGUGAGGUCUCUCUCUCUCACGGGGUCUCUAUAAUUUUGAUCAAUAUAUUUACUGUUCCUUUAAGUUGGGAGUCUUUACUUUCUCCUAUAUCUAUUAUCCUUUGGUUUGAUCUUCUCAUUGUGUCCUGGAUUUCCUGUAUGUUUUGGGCUAGGAGCUUUUUCCAUUUUACAUUAUCUUUGACAGUUGUGUCAAUGUUUUCUAUGGUAACUUCUGCCCCUGAGAUUCUCUCUUCUAUCUCUUGUAUUCUGUUGGUGAUGCUUGUAUAUAUGGCUCCUGUCCCUUCCUUAGGUUUAAUAUAUCAAGGGUUGUCUCCCUUUGUGCCUUCUCUAUUGUUUCUUUUUCCAUUUUCAAUUCCUUCACCUGUUUGGUUAUGUUUUCCUGUAAUUCUUUCCAGGACUUUUAUCUUUCCUCUCUAAGGGCUUCUACUUGUUUACUUCUGUUUUCCUGCAUUUCUUUAAGGGAGUUCAUUAUGUUUUUCUUAAAGUCUUCCAUCAUUAUUCAAAAAAAUGUGUUCGUAAAUCUAAAUCUUACUUUUCCCGAUGUGUUUGGAUAUCCAGUAUUUUCUUUGGUGGGAGAACUGGGCUCCAAUGAUGCCAAGUAGUCUUGGUUUCUGUUGCUUGGAUUCCUGCGCUUGUCUCUAGCCAUUGGGUUGUCUCUGGUGUUUGCUUGUCUUGCUGUUUCUGAGAAUGACUUGACCCUGCUGUAGGCCUCCGUGUCAGCUCUCCUGUAGAACUGUUUUCCUGUUUGUUUUUUUUUGUUUUGUUUAGUUUUUCAGCCUUUUCUGAGAAGAGGUGCUCCGGUUUCAGGUGUGUCAACACUCCUGGAGACUGUCUUUCAGCUCUAGGUGUGGACAUGGAUCAAAGGGUCCUGCCCCUGAUUGCUCCUAGGACCUUGCACCUAUGGGGCACAGUUGGCACUAGGCGAUUCCCUCUUGGGUCCUGACUGAGGGAAGUGGGUAGCCUCCUCUGACUUCUCAGAAGUGUCCACACUUUUGAGAGUCCAGCUCUCUCCCCCAUAGGAUUUGGGUACAAGGAGCUGUUUGGCCGGUGCAGUUCGGUCCUGUGCACAGACCAGAACCAUGGCUAUUGGCAUCAGAUUGUUCCUAUAUUCCUGUGUCCAGAGGAACCUUGGACCAGGGAUGUGGACCGAAGUGUGCAGAAGUGGCAAUCUGUCCUGCAGUUUCACGAUGUCUGCACUCCUGGGUGUUCAACUCUCUUUCCCAAGGUAUUUGGGUGCAGGGAACUAUGGGAUGAUAUCAGUUCACUUCCGGCCAGAGCCAGAAACAGAAAGUUCCCUGACCCUGAGGACUUAUGUCUCUGUGUCUCCUGAAUCUACCAGGCAGGUCACUUGGUAGCAGAAAAGUGGGUCUUACCUCUGCUCUCAGGUGUGUUAGCACUCCUGCAGACUGUCUUCCAGCUCUAGGCACUGGCAGGAAUCAGAGGGUCCUGCCCCUGAUUGUUCCUAGGUGAUUGCACCCAGGGGGCACAUUUGGCACUAGGUUAUUCCCUCUUGGAUCUGGACUGUGGGCAGAGGGUAGUCUCCUCUGACUUCUCAUCAGUGUCCACACUUCUGAGGUUCCAGCUCUCUCCCACAUGGGAUUUGGGUUCAGGGAGUUGUUUGGACGGUUCAGAUCAGUCCUGUGUGCAGACCAGAACUGUGGGAACAAGCAGCUGUCUGUUCCUAUAUUCCUGUUUCCAGAGGCACUGUGCAGUUUCCCCUCUGAACGGGGAUGUAGGCAGUGGUGUACAGAAGUGGCAUUCUGUCCUGUGUUCUCAUGAUGUCUGCACUCCUGGGUGUUCAGCUCUCUUCCUCACCGGCUUGAAUUCUAUUUAAUGUGAAUUGUAAGAAAUAAUUGAAUAUUUUAAAAUUCGUUCUUUGAAAAUUGACCCCAAAUCAUUCUUUAAUUAAAAGGGAGAAAUAUAUUAAUCUUUUUGUUUGUACUUUUUUUUUUUUUACUUUUUGAGAAUGUGAUUCUCUGUGUAUAGCUAUGACUGUCCUGGAACUGGAACCAGAUUAGGCUUAGAAUCAUAGCUCUGACAAAGUACAGAGUUGGAGGCUUACAGCCAACCAUGGGGACCACAAUGGAAGAUUUAGAGAAAGAAUUGAAGGAGCUGAAGGGUUUUGCAACCCCAUAGGAAAAACAACAAUAUCAACUGACUAGACCCCAGAGUUCCCAAGAAUGAAACCACCUACCAAAGAGUAUACAUGGAGGACCCCUUUGCUCCAGCUGCAUAUGUAGGAGAGGAUGACAUUAUCUGGCAUCAAGAGAAGGAGAAACACUAGUUCCUGUGAGGGCUCAAUUUCCCCAGUGUUAGGAAAUGCCAGGGAGAUGAGGUGGGAGAGGAUGGUUAGAAGGGGCAGCACCCUCAUAGAAGCAGGGGAAUGGGGGAUUGGAGGCAGGUUCUGGAGGGGAAACCAUGAAAGGGGAUAACAUUUGAAAUGUAAAUACAUAAUAUAUCCAAUAGAAAAAGAAUCAUAGUUCUGUCUGCUUCUGAGUCUUUAGUCCUAUGAUUAAGGCAUGUACCAUCACAUCCUGGAAAAACUUUAUAAUUUAGAAAAUGUAUCUAAUAGUUUUUAUUUUAAAAAUACAGAUAUAUCUACUUCUAAAAGAAAAAAAUAUUCUUCUUCAGUGGGAGUGCUAUAUAGAUAAAAUUAAAUUAUGACUACUUUAUUCUAGUUAACUUUAUGAAAUAAUGUAUACUUAAUAUAUUUCCAGGAUUUCUUGACCAUAAUAUAUUUAUUUCCCUUUUUAAUAGGCAUGAAAAUGACUUCUGCAAACUUGGCAACAGGAAUAUUUCUCUUCUCCCAGACUGCAAUGGGAAUGAUUGGCAAUUCCUCAAUACUAUUUUAUUAUAUCAUUUUGAUAUUCACUGGCAAGCAUUUAAUGCCGAAAGACCAGAUUAUAGAGCACCUGACAUUUGCCAACUGUUUGUCUAUCAUCUCAAAAGGCAUUCCACAGUCUCUGUCAGAUUUGGGAUUUAAGGAUUUCCUAGAUGAUAUUGGAUGUAAACUGAUAAUGUUUAUUUACCGAAUAGUGAGGGGGAUGUCUCUGUAUGCAAUGUGCCUAUUGAGUUGCUUCCAAGCAAUCACAAUCAGCCCCAGGAACUCCAGGUGGAUGAUGCUUAAACACAGAGCCACAAAGUACAUUGGUCCCUCCUGCUUAGUCAGUUGGCUUCUGCACCUGCUUCUAAACAUCACAGCUCCAAUAAAAGUGACAGGCCCCAUUUCUAGAAAAAAUGUGACAAACAUGAUGAGUUAUGGUUACUGCUCAUGGUUCACUUCCAACAGUGUUGCCAGUACAUUGUAUAUGUUCAUAUUGUGCUUCUGUGAUGGCCUGUGUCUGAGUCUCAUGGCAUGCUCAAGUGUUUCCAUGGUGAAUAUCCUGUACAGACAUAAGAGACAAGUCAAACAUAUCCACAGUGCUCAACAUUUUUUGAAAGUCUUGCCUGAGGACAGAGCCACCCUAAUUAUUCUUAUCCUAGUAUGCACAUUUGUCAUUUCUUACUUCAUCUCUUCUAUUCGUGUAAUCCUUACCACAUUCUCUGUGGGAUCAGUGCUAUGGGGAGUGAGUUUAUUUAUAUUUCUAGAAAUAUGCUUUCCCAUAUUUUGCCCCUUUGUUCUCAUCUGCAAUAUCAAGUGUAAUUUCCAAAUGUUUUUACCCUGCUGUUGUAAGUGAUAGCUCUCUCCAAAUACCACUUAAUAUAUGCUCAUUUUUCUUAUACACUGCCAUAUUAUAUUCUUUUAACAAAUGUACAUCAGUAAGACUACAGUUUGAAAUUUUCAAUCAUCCUUUAACUGACUCCUCUUGACAUGUGUUUUGAUUACUAUUUGUUUUAUCAUAGUUUAUUUUUUACAGAACUUAUUAUCCAAUAAUGAGCAAAUUUCAAAUAUAUUGAAUCACCACAAUAUACAAGCUAUUUUGUAAUAUUACACAUAAUAUAGGAGUACCUAAAAAAUACAUCUGGGACCAGACCUCAUCUGUAGCCUAUAGAAUCAAGUAAUGAUUUCUUGACACAUCUCUCUCUCUCUCUCUCUCUCUCUCUCUCUCUCUCUCUCUCUUUCCAUAUAUAUGUGUAUAUAUGUAUAUAUACACGUGUAUAUACAUAUAUGCAAAUAUACACACAUUUGUUAUACAGACACACAUAGACAUAAACACGCUUGCACAAAACAGUUAGUUAUACACAUAUUCAUAUAUGUGUGUAUACUUUUAUUUUUAUGGGUUUGUGAAUUUAUUCUGCAUGUAUGUCUGGGCACCACAUGUACAAAGUACUUCCAUUGAUCAGAAGAUGCAUUAAAAAAUGUAAAACGGCAGUUACACAUUCUUGUGUACCAACAUUGAGUGCUGAAGUUAAAACCUGCAUCUUUUGGAAUAGCAAUCAGUGCUCUUAACCACCAAUCCGUUCUUUACACAAUGAGCACGUUUUUAUCAUUUAAAUAUUUUAAUGUUUUUUACAAGUGUGUGCCUCAGCACAACUAUAUGCGUCACAAACAAUGUCUGUUGCCUAUAGCUGCAAGAAGAGCGUGUUGGAUCUCCUGUAACUAGAGUUACAUGCAGCUGUGAGCUUCCUGAUGUGCUUGCUGGGAAUUGAACUCAGUUUCCUUUGAAAUAUCAUUAUACGUUUCCACACUUAACCAGCUAUCUAGCUCCAAGUUUUUGCUUAUUACUUCUCAUGUGUAGGAACUACAAUCCUUUAAAUAUCAUAUGGUCUGAAAAUGUUGCAAAAAAAUGAAUGUGACCAUAGUCGCCUUAAAAAUAGUCAUCAGUCUCAGAAAAAAAAUUGCAUUUUCCUUCAUGUAAAAUCAAGGAACAAAAAGAUAUCAGAGGACAAUAUGAACUACUGAGAAGAGGAAAAGAACCAUAGAGUAAAAAUGAGGUAUAUAAAUGAGAUAAUGAAGGAUAAAUAUGAUUCAGUUACAAAAUACAUAGACAUGAAAGCAUCACAAUGUAAACCAUUACUUCGUACAAUUAAUAAAUACUUUAAAAUAUAAAGUAAUUGAAACUUGUUACCACCUCCUGUUACAUAUUUGGUUCAUUUUACUAAUGUAACUAUUGCCAUACCUCCAUAUCCUACAUGCCAUGUACUAUUACAUUGACUUUCUAAAAGUUUCAUCAAAAUA